AUGGUUCUGGAGUCUCUGUGGCAGCGCGGCAUCGAAGCUCGAUGGAAAGAUGUUCGAGAUAUUCCGUCAACGCCCCUUCAACAGGCGGCUAUGGCUAUCCUAUUCCUCUUCACGUUGACUGCAUUUUUGACGUACGUUUUGCGGAUGUACAGCAAGUUCACCACCAAGCAAGUUGGACUUGAUGACUACUUCAUGACGGGGGCAAUGUUCUUCUCUCUCGCACUCCUGGUUCCGACCUACAUGUUCUUCAAGUACUACUACGUCGGUUUCCCGACAGCCUCUCUGCCCGACGACUGGGACCCGGCGCCGAUGCUGUUCUGGAACUGGAUCAUGCAGGUCCUUUACAACCCGAUUCUCGCCCUCGUCAAAUCGUCUGUUCUGGUCUUCCUCCUGAGGCUCGGUGGUCACAAGCGGGGAGUGAGAUGGACCAUCUACGGCCUCAACACCCUCAACUUGCUCACUAUGGUUGCCAUCUUCUUGACCGUCCUAUUUCAAACAAUACCCAUCAAUGCUUUCUGGGACACGAGUGUGCCAAAGGAGAGAGAGAUUGACGGUCCUCUGUUUUACAUCGUCAGUGCCAUCGUCACCAUCAUCACCGAUUUCUUCGUACUCGCCAUUCCUUUUUGGAUCUUUCUUGGACUUAAGAUGCGGAUGGCUGUCAAGAUCGGUCUGAUUGUGGUAUUUCUCGCUGGCGGCGUGUCUAUCGUCGUUGCCAUCCUGCGCGUUCACGAACUCCGCAAGAAGUUUUACAAUCUUGACCCAGGCUACGACGCGCGAAACGGGGUCGGUGACACCUACAGCGCCAUCGAGGUUAACCUAUCGAUCAUCGCCGCCUGCGUACCAGCCCUUCGUCCACUCUUCCGAAAGUGGAUGCCAGGGAUGUUCUCCAACAAAAGCAGCAACGACAACGGCGUCUACAACAACGGCCAGUAUGCUCGAUACGGCACCGGUACAGGCACGGGCACGACGUCAAAACACAACAUGCACCGAAACACCGUCGGAAACGGGUUCCCCUUGAAAGAUAUGCGCAGCACCCACACCGAAAUCAGAGGCCACUCGCCUGAUGGCAGCGAGGAGGAGAUUAUGACGUACAAUGGGAUUAUGAGAACGACGAAUGUUCAGGUUACGUAUAAUGAUUCGCAGUCGGUCAUGACGGAUAAGGAGUCUGGGCACGCGGUUAUGAACUCUGAUAAGCCAGUCAGGAGUAACAGUAAGUUCGGUCUGGCACCUAAGGAGUAG